GAGUGUUGACGAUUCUAUUUUACAAUACCAUGUGGGAAGACUUAUUAGUCUACGAUGAUGUAAGCUUUUGGCCUAUAUAACCCACUUGCAAGUUAGAUCUUAGUACUUAAACGGUCACUGAAAAUUUAGAGAUAGUAAGUAGUGUGUGUUUUGUGAUAUUGUGUCAAGAUGAGUGAGGGAAAGAUAGUUGAAGCAAAAGCUCAAAAAAAUCUUCAAGAUUUUGAUCCACAAAAGAAGCCUAAGAGAAAUAAGUAUGCUUUUGCUUGUGCUAUGUUGGCUUCCAUGACUUCCAUUUUGCUUGGAUAUGAUAUUGGUGUUAUGAGUGGAGCAGCAAUCUACAUAAAAAGAGACCUUAAAGUAUCCGACGGGAAAAUUGAGGUCUUAUUAGGAAUUAUCAACAUCUACUCUCUCAUUGGUUCAUGUCUUGCCGGGAGAACCUCCGAUUGGAUUGGUCGUCGUUACACCAUCGUGUUUGCAGGGGCCAUUUUCUUUGUCGGAGCCUUACUCAUGGGUUUCUCACCAAACUACAACUUCCUCAUGUUUGGUCGUUUUGUUGCCGGAGUUGGCAUCGGCUAUGCUCUCAUGAUUGCCCCGGUCUAUACCGCUGAAGUCUCCCCCGCUUCCUCUCGCGGCUUUCUCACUUCUUUCCCUGAGGUUUUCAUAAACAGUGGAAUAUUACUCGGAUACAUAUCAAACUAUGCAUUUUCAAAACUAUCACUUAAAUUAGGUUGGAGAAUGAUGCUUGGAGUAGGUGCAAUUCCUUCAGUAAUCCUAGCCGUUGGAGUCUUAGCCAUGCCAGAGUCACCACGAUGGCUCGUUAUGAGAGGCCGUUUGGGAGACGCAAUAAAAGUACUCAACAAAACUUCAGAUUCCAAAGAAGAAGCUCAGCUAAGGUUAGCCGAGAUAAAACAAGCAGCUGGAAUACCAGAAGAUUGCAACGACGACGUUGUUGAAGUAAAAGUUAAAAACACUGGUGAAGGUGUAUGGAAAGAGCUUUUUCUUUAUCCUACACCCGCAGUUCGUCAUAUUGUAAUAGCUGCACUAGGGAUUCAUUUUUUUCAACAAGCUUCCGGUGUAGACGCGGUAGUCUUGUAUAGUCCUACAAUCUUCAAAAAGGCUGGGAUCAAUGGUGAUACACAUCUUCUUAUUGCAACCAUAGCCGUUGGAUUUGUUAAGACCUUGUUUAUUUUAGUGGCUACUUUUAUGUUAGACCGAUAUGGUCGUCGUCCACUAUUACUCACUAGCGUUGGUGGUAUGGUAGUCUCGCUUCUCACACUCGCUGUCAGCCUUACGAUCAUCGAUCAUUCAAACACAAAGCUAAAUUGGGCCAUUGGAUUGAGUAUAGCAACGGUUUUGUCAUAUGUAGCAACUUUCUCAAUUGGUGCAGGACCCAUCACAUGGGUUUAUAGUAGUGAAAUUUUUCCUUUGAGGUUGAGGGCACAAGGUGCAGCUUGUGGUGUUGUGGUGAAUAGGGUCACUAGUGGGGUUAUUUCAAUGACUUUUCUGUCCUUGUCUAAAGGAAUUACGAUUGGUGGUGCAUUUUUCCUAUUUGGAGGUAUUGCUACAAUUGGGUGGAUAUUUUUUUAUAUUAUGCUUCCUGAAACACAAGGUAAAACACUUGAAGAAAUGGAAGCCUCUUUUGGUAAAAUUUGGAGAAAAUCAAAGAAUACUAAGGAAGCUGAAAAAGACAAUGCUCAAGUUGCACAAGUUCAGUUAGGGACCAAUGUCUCAACUUAGUAUAUAAAAAUGUGUAUUAAUAGGGGUGAUAAACAAAUAAUAUAAUAUAUAGUGGUUUCGUGUGUUUUAGUUUUAGAGUAGCUUUUCAAAUGAAAUGACUUGUUUGGAAAAAGAAGUUUAUAACAAAAUUUCAAUGAUAAGAAAAAAAUGGUAUUUCAUUUC